AGGAUGGAACAUUCCUGCUGGCUCCUGCUGCUCUGUGUUAGCGUUCUCUUGGCACGAGCUCUGCCACCCAAUGGGACCGAGCUGCCCAAAACAACCACCACGACCAACUCCACCGAGGAGAACAGCCUGCACAAGGAGCUGCUGACGUCCCUGCUGAUCCUGGUGCUGGUGGUGCUCAUUUUCGUGGUGCUGGCGGGGUAUUUUUUCAGGUUCAGGAGGCACAGGAAAGCCGUGGUGACCUCCGGCGACAAAAAGAUGCCGAAUGGGAUCUUGGAAGAGCAAGAACAGCAACGGGUCAUGCUGCUCAGCAGAUCUCCCUCGGGCCCCAAGAAGUAUUUCCCCAUCCCAGUGGAAAACCUGGAGGAGGAAAUUCGGAUACGCUCAGCAGAYGAAGGGAAACUCUUCAGGGAGGAGUUCAAUUCUUUAACAUCUGGGUAUGURCAAGGAACAUUUGAAAUGGCCAAUAAGGAAGAAAACAGGGAGAAGAACAGAUAUCCCAACAUCCUGCCAUAUGAUCAUUCCAGAGUGGUUUUGACCCAAAUUGAUGGAGUCCCACCUUCAGACUACAUUAAUGCAUCCUAUAUAGAUGGUUAUAAAGAAAAGAAUAAAUUUAUAGCAGCACAAGGUAACUUGUUCUCAUUUCUCUCCUCUCUGCAGCUUAGGGCCGAAUUGAAAACAAUCUCAGACCUCUAAAAUUCCCUUUUUUUUUUUGUGAAGGAAAAAUGUCACCAGUACUGGCCUGACCAGGGCUGCUGGACCUAUGGGAACAUCAGGGUGUCAGUGGAGGAUUGCAUCGUGCUGGUGGAUUACACCAUCCGAAAAUUCUGCGUGCAGGCGCUCCAGGAUGGGUGCAAAGCUCCAAGGCUCGUCACACAGCUCCACUUCACCAGCUGGCCAGACUUUGGGGUGCCUUUCACACCYAUUGGGAUGCUGAAAUUCCUGAAAAAAGUCAAAACCUUGAAUCCUGCCCACGCUGGACCAAUUGUGGUUCAUUGUAGCGCUGGCGUGGGGCGCACGGGCACCUUCAUCGUCAUCGAUGCCAUCAUGGACAUGAUGCACGCUGAGCACAGGGUGGAUGUGUUUGAAUUUGUCUGCAGGAUCCGGAACCAGCGGCCCCAGAUGGUUCAGACUGAUAUGCAAUAUUCCUUCAUUUACCAAGCCUUACUCGAGUACUACCUCUACGGUGACACGGAGCUGGACGUGUCAUCCCUGGAAAAACACCUGCAGACAUCCCACAACGCUGCCCCAAACCUGGUCAAAAUAGGGCUGGAAGAGGAAUUUAAAAAGCUGACAAAUGUUCGGAUCAUGAAGGAGAACAUGAGGACUGGCAACCUCCCAGCCAACAUGAAGAAAGCCAGAGUCAUCCAGAUUAUCCCCUAUGAUUUUAACAGAGUGAUUCUGUCCAUGAAGAGAGGGCAGGAGUACACCGACUACAUCAAUGCUUCCUUCAUAGAUGGAUAUCGCCAGAAGGAUUAUUUCAUCGCCACCCAGGGCCCCCUGCCCCACACGGUGGAGGAUUUCUGGAGGAUGGUGUGGGAGUGGAARUGCCACACCAUCGUGAUGCUCACCGAGGUGCAGGAGAGGGAGCAGGAAAAAUGCUGCCAGUACUGGCCAUCGGAGGGCUCUGUGACUCACGGAGAGAUCACGGUGGAAAUCAAGAGUGACAGCCUGAUGGAUGCCAUCAGUGUGAGGGACUUCCUGGUGACGUAUAAUCAGAGUAACCAGGAGAAGCAAAGCAGGCUGGUCAGGCAGUUCCACUUCCAUGGGUGGCCGGAGAUCGGGAUCCCCGCCGAGGGGAAGGGGAUGAUCGACCUCAUCGCGGCUGUGCAGAAACAGCAGCAGCAGACAGGGAACCACCCCAUCACUGUGCACUGCAGCGCCGGCGCAGGGAGGACGGGGACUUUCAUAGCACUGAGCAAUAUCCUGGAGAGGGUGAAGGCUGAGGGGCUCCUKGACGUGUUCCAGGCUGUGAAGAGCUUGAGGCUGCAAAGGCCACACAUGGUGCAAACACUGGAACAGUAUGAAUUCUGCUACAGAGUGGUACAAGAUUUCAUCGACAUCUUUUCAGAUUAUGCUAAUUUCAAAUGAGAAUCCUGCCUUAUUUUUUAAUUUGUCUGUAUAAAUAGUUGUAUAUUAUGUUAAUUUAUUCCAUGGCAUUUGGAUUGUUGACUUAACUGUAAAUACAACGUCGCGUGGGCUCUAAAAGUUGCAUUUGCUGUAUAAAGUUGUUUCUUAAAUAUAAAUAUCUUCUAAAGCAAAGUAUAAUGUUCUAUACUGUAUAGCACUGUAAGAUGGGAUAGAAAUUUUUAUUCUAAAUAACGGGAAAUUAAUUCUUGAGAGUUUUUUCCUUUGAAUUUUGCCACUUAUAAAUUAUUUCUCGAUGAUGUUAUCUCCCAGUUCUUGACAUUUUUGACAGGUGAGUUACAGUUUAUGCUAAAAAAAAGGGAAUUACAGUGUAUAUGUUUAAACAUAUUUUGUUCACCAGGAAAAUAUGUUCACCAUGAAAAUAGAUAUUUAUUUUUUCAAGGCUGUUUUGAAGAGCCUCCAGGUUUUGAUGGCACUUGGAUKUUGAGUCUUAUUUUCCAUUAGAUAGAAUCAGUAGAAAUACAGAUUUGAAUUUUGGAAUUAACAGAACUUUUGAAGCCCAGUCAGUUUGUUUUUUUCCCAAAUAUUGUUUGAAUYGACUUAGAAAGGCAAUAAUGUGAUUUUUAGAGUAUUUUGCAUAUUUGAAGAGUAUAUUUUGCAGUACCUGGACUUGUCUGCUCGAAGAGAAAGGCCAGAAAUGGAGUUAAGACUUCACUCUAAACAUGUGCAUAAUUUCCCACUUCUUUAAAAUAGGAGAUGAAUUCUUGUUCCUUGAUUUGACUCAGCAGAAUAAUUAAGAAUAUCRGUAAAAAUUGGGRAAAAAAARCAUUUUAUGAACAGUUUACUGCCAGAAAGAUUGAGUAUUGUACAAAAAGUUCCUCCAGAUUCUUACCCUGCUAUAAAUGCUGUCUAAAAAGAACUCUUGCCUUUCUUGAAGGGUUUAGGAUUGUGUACAGAGAUAUAUUUUUAAUGAAAGUACUGCUGAGAAUAGAAUUGAUGACAGAAAAUAUAAAAGUCUUUUUUACAGCCCUGACCAGGGGGUGGAAAAUGCCCCAGUUCACAGGGCACCCGAAUGUUGAAUAAUUACAAAGUUUAUCUUUCCUACUCUUUGGAAAUCAUCCAUGACUUAAUGAGCACAAAGGAGGCAACUCUGUAAUUAACAACAUAACGAAUAUGCAAUAGUUCUGUCUCGUCCAGCCGGGCUUUUGCCAUGCAACAAAGCCUUAUUUAAAACAAGCAGCUAAAACUGAGCUUCUCCUGCUGUUCUUGCACUAUUUUAUCCCAUUCCCAUCCCACAAAAAAUCCCUUGGAGCAGUGUAAGGGCACAAGGGGAGGUGUCCACAGUUCUCCUUCCAUUCCAUCCUGGCUGGAAAAGGUUUGGGGUAGGAAUUCCUGAGCACCCCAUUCCCAUUGGCUGCUUCUCAUCUUCCCAUCGCUGCACUCCUGUAUUUAUUUGUACAGUAAAUUAUGCACUUAAAAACAAAAAAACAAAAAAAAAAGAAAAAAAGAUUGUUUAAAAGACUAAACCUUGCUUGUGAGUCUCUAUGAGAAGAAACACUCGAGCCACAGGGUUGGGGAAAUGAAAGUGAAGGUGAGGAAGGGCAUGAUCCUGAAAUUCUGUCUGAACUGAAAGAGCCCAAAUAAAUUUAGUCUGGGAGUGAUCCAGUGAGGGGUCAAUGUGAUUUACAGCACAGGGAGACUCCCAGAGGUUGGAGAAUAAUGCAGAGCAAUUUCCAUUUUCUUAUCSUGAUGUCAGGAUCUUUCCAGCCACUUAGGCCACAUUUGAAUAAUAAAUCCCCAGGUUUUUGAGUCUCUGGGGUUGAGUUGUCUCCUGAACAUCUCAGKGCAGGGAGACUCCCAGGGGUUGGGAAAAAACGCAAAGGAAUUCACWUUUUCUGAUCCUGAUGUGAGGAUCUUUCCGACCAUCUAGCCCACAAUUGAAUAAUAAUCUGUCAGGGUUUUGGAUCUCUUAGGAAAGAAAUGGGGCUGAAUUGUCUCCUGAACAUCUCAGUGCARAGAAACUCCCAGAGGUUGGAAAACACAAAGGAAUUCCCAUUUUCUGAUCCAGACAUCAGGAUCUGUCUGGCCAUUUAGCCCUUAUUUAAAUAAAAAUAUUUUGUGUGUUGGGCAGAUUUGUGGGUCCCUGAGGUAAAACCUUGGGGUGAGUUGUCCCUGAAGUCCAUCUCAGUGCAGGGGUGUUGGGUGUGGGAUGUGCUGGAGCACAACUCCAACAGCCCACGGGGUUCACUAAAGGGCUCCAGGUACACCCAGGAGUAGGGUGGAGUUCAGCUGGAACCCCAAAUCCUCAGUGAGCACUCAGAUUUUAGUUGAUGACCAUAUUCAGAUAUCAAGGAGCAAAAAGAAACCCAAAGCAGAAUUCAGAAUUCACAGCUGUAUCCAUAAGGAUUUUUGGGGAAUUUGAAAAGCUCCCUUCCCAGUCAUGGUGUGUGCUCAGCACUGCUCUGGGGAGUGUCCUGGUGGGUAGGAAUUGUCCUUCAAGUCUCCUUCCRUUGCAUGGAAUUCCUUUGAAACACCAGAUGUUGGAUUGGAAGGCUCCUUCUGAUCCGCCUGUGGUUUUGGUCACUGUGUGACUUGGACUGUUCAUGUGUUCAGACAGGUCCCAGCUCACCUCAGCAUUUAAGCGUUCGCUUCCUCACAUUUUAUCCCAAAAUCCAUGGGAAUGCCGUGGAUCCCGUGGGAAGCGAUCCCUUAAGUGCUUGGCUGACCUGGGCCUUAAUGAAGAAUGCAUACUGUAAUUAGCAGUGUUUUUUAGGCUAUUUUUAUGUAUCAGUUUUUUAAACUUUUCAAACGAGCCUGACCACGCUGUGCUCAGUCUUUGGAAAUGUUUGCGUUCCCCUCCGUCCCAUUUUUUCAUGUAAAGUUACGGAAACUUUUCUGUAUAACCAAAAUGUAUUUAAUUUGUCAAAUCUUUAUAAUAUAUGUAUGUAUUAUACAGUCUCAGCUAUUAUUAUUUUCUUUUAUUACGUUUCUAAUUUGAUCUUGCCGUGUUUUUAAUGCCGGUGAAUGUGGCUGAAUUAUUUGUAUAUGCAAAUUGCAAGAUCUAAUACAUUCCAAUGCAAGAACAAA